UUAACCUGUGACAGCACAUCCUGCUGGAGGCUGACGUCUCCACCGCACCACGCCGUCACUCCGUCUGGAUCCAACGCCGAGGAAUAAUGAACAGCCGAUAUGUCAUUUCAUUUGCCACUUCCCCUUCUUUCUUUUUAUCGAAUAUGGAGUGAUAUGGGACUGUGAAAGCUGUGCAAGUCUAACGCAGCUGUUUACAGGAGGCGAUGGAAACUCUGCCAAUCGGUUGGACUGUGCACACCUGUGACUCGGAGGGACAUGGAUCACAGCUGCUGAAGGAGGCCCCUGCUGAUAGCAACACAAACACACAAGUCUAUGACCUGUUUCAUGAGGAUGCACAGGGAUUUCAGCAUUCUAGCCAGCCAUGGUGGAGGAUCAAACUUUUUGUGUGGGAGCCGGUGCUUUUUGGCACCUGGGACGGCGUCUUCACCACCUGCAUGAUCAACAUCUUUGGUGUGGUUCUGUUUCUGCGCACUGGCUACCUGGUGGGGAACACGGGAGUGCUGCUCGGGAUGUUCCUCGUUUCCAUGGUGGUGAUGGUCGCUUUAGUGACCGUGAUGUCGGGAGUAGGAGUGUGUGAGCACUGCGGAGUCGGGAGUGGAGGAAUCUACUCCAUGAUCUCCACCGUACUUGGGGGCAGGGUAGGGGGCACUGUGGGCCUCCUGUAUGUGUUUGGACAGUGCGUGGCUGGCGCCAUGUACAUCACGGGCUUCUCUGAGUCGGUGGCGGAGCUGCUGGGUCUCCAGAACCAGUGGACGGUGCGCUGCAUGUCGGUGGCGGUGCUGCUGGCCCUGCUCGGAAUCAACCUGGCCGGCGUCAAGUGGAUCGUCAGGCUGCAGCUGCUGCUGCUGGCUGUGCUGGCUGUCUCCACGCUGGACUUCGUCAUCGGCACCUUCACUCACCUCGACCCAGAGCACGGCUUCAUUGGUUAUUCGGCCGGGCUGCUCAGCAGCAACACCCUGCCAGAUUAUAGCGCGGGAGAAACCUUCUUCACAGUCUUCGGCGUCUUCUUCCCUGCUGCUACAGGGGUUAUGGCAGGCUUCAACAUGAGCUCAGACCUCCGGCGGCCAGAGCACAACAUCCCUGUGGGAACGCUGGCAGCUGUCUUCACCUCGUGGUUCCUGUAUCUGGUCUUCGUCUUCCUCCUGGGGGCCAUCUGCACCAGAGAAGCUCUACGCUAUGACUUCUUAAUAGCAGAAAAGGUCUCCUUGGUGGGUUUCCUCUUUCUGCUGGGCCUCUACAUCUCCUCCCUGGCUUCCUGCAUGGGCGGCUUGUACGGAGCACCCAGGAUCCUCCAGUGCAUCGCCCAGGAGAGGGUUAUCCCCUCUCUGGCCUUUCUAGGAAGAGGGAAAGGCCCAAACAAGACUCCAGUGGCGGCUAUCGUUUUGACCAGCCUGCUGACCAUGGCCUUCAUUUUCAUCGGCCAGGUCAACGUGCUGGCGCCCAUCGUCACGAUCAACUUCAUGCUCACCUACAGCUUCGUCGACUACUCCUACUUCAGCGUGGUCAUGGCCUUCCAGCUCCAGACUAAAGAAAAGAGGGACAACUCCAUCCUGGCCAGGAGCAACCGGCGCAGGUCCUCCACCACCAGGCAGAGCUCCAGACCGCUGAUCGAAGCCGCUCUCCCCAACUAUGGGAGCGGAGGCCAGAGUCCGCAGAGUAAAGGGACGCUGUUGGAGUUCACCAGGGACAUGGACCAGAUCUUCCCACCUGACUCCAAUGGUAACGCUGAGAACAGCUCCGCCGCGCAAGAGCAGAGCAGCAGGUCUAAGAGCAGAAAGACCACUGCGAAACAGAAGCUGAUGGACAGCUUUGCUUUGGACCAGAACUGCAAUGUGUCCUCAGACGAGAGAGGAGGAGAGGAGACGGGUUCAGCUCCUUCGGAGCAGGAAGCUGAGGGGCAGUGUGGAAACGAGGAGCUCGGGGUGGAAGAACAAGCUCCGAUCAAAUGCCGUUCAAAAAUGAGUGAUGGUCAGUUGGAUUCAGCCGCAGAGACUCACAAACACGACACAGGUGAUGAAGUUAAAGCUGAACACCAGAGCUUUGAAAUCCGACCCGUAGAAAAUUCCCUCUAUGCAAAGUUUUGUAACCACUGGAUCGCUCUCAUUGGGGCACUGAGCUCCGUAUUGAUUAUGUUUGUUAUCCAGUGGGUUUAUGCCCUAGCAAACAUAGUGGUUGCCCUGCUGCUCUUCUUCUACAUCGGGAAAACAAGUCCCGGACUACCAAUAGGUGUUGCAGCUCAAUUCAGCUUUUUCACGUGGCUCAAGUCAACACUGAGACGCAUUUGCAGGGGAAGUGGAUCUGUGCAGGAUGAGAUCGUAGUGACACCCUCUCUGUCCGGGGUCGGCCUCACAACCAAGCAGCUGACGGAGGAAAAUGCAGACUUCGCCUCUCGUCACCGCUAUCACCAGUCCUCAUUCAUCAUAGCGGACAAGAUGGUGCAGCCGCCGUUCCACUGAUUGACUUAAAUACCGCCUCAGUUUACGCGCUAAACCACAUUCUCUGCCUCAAAGCCGGCCUCGUGUUGUUCAGCGGGCCACAUUCAGCGCACAUAUUCUGAUUUAACAAGAGACUCAGAUGCUUUUCCUGUUGCAGUUCAAGGAAACCUGAGCUUUUCUUAGAACUGCACAAAAGGUGUGUGUCUGAGAGACAUAGUGUUUAUAUAACGUAAACUGAAUGUAAAGUUCCACAUCUUGUGUUUAAUGUCUUUUACAAAUUGAUGGAAAUAUCGCAACCUCUCUGAAUUACUCUUGUGUGCAAUACCCUGUGAGCAUGUGACUUAAAGCUUUAAUUAAAAUCUCUUCACUCAUGUCUUUAUGUAUACACUUCAUUAGUUAGAGAAUGCUUUUGAUGAGUACAGGAAUGAUCAAAAUGAUUAAUUUAUCAUGACUAUGUCUAUCACCUGAUAUCGAAAAAUCCAAAAUAAAACAUACUUGUAGCUGUUAUGGAUGAAUCAAUGUGCUCUAAUCAGUCCGUAGCUCGUCAUCACACAGAUUUCCUGCAUGUACAAGAAAAAGCAUCAAGAUUAGCUGAUAAAUAAAAGUGAUUUAUUAUAUUUAUUGUAUUAUUAUUGUUGUUGUUGUUAUUGUAUUGUCUAAUAUGUUUUGUAUAUAUGUGUUUGUUUGGGUGAACUGUGUGUGUUACAAUACAGCUAUGGUGUUCGAGCAGCUCCCCAGCCGGGCUGUGAAAACCA